AUGCCCGUAAGGCAAGGAAGGGCCCUGCCGCCGGCUCUCAGGUACGCCAAGCGGCUCGCGGCUCCAGGGCACGUCGAUCGUCCGUUGGCACAUCGCUCCAAGAUGUCGAGCUUCAACCUACUUACGACCUUCCCGACGACUCUGAACCCUCCCCCCGAGACCACUCUACUGGUCCUCUACCUUCUCCACAAGGUCGGUGCUCCCCGCAAGGGAAGGGCGUGGGCCGGCCCCAGCGGCACUGGUGCAGAUCAUUGCGCUCUGCGCACCCUGAUCGGAACCAUGUCGCUGGGCCCCCAAGGGGCGGCCAUUACGGCCCUAUUAGACUCCAUUGUGGUGCUGGUAGAGGCCGGCCUGACGGCUUCACCGGGCCCCCUUUCGGCCCCGGUAAGUCGUGCCCCUGCGGCAUCUCAGGUACCGCAGGUGUCCGCUGAUGGCUUUACGACCGCCACGAGACGGCGUCGGGGUCGCAAGGCGCAGAAUGCUGCCCCACCCAGACCCGGCCCUCCGGGGCCAUCUCAGAUACCCCAGGCGACUCGUCGCCCGCAGCCUACUACUCAACAACGGCAGCAGCAGCAGCAACCCAGGCGCCAACCACCGGCCCCACGCCGCCAACCCCCGCGUCCUGCUCCACAGCAGCAACAGCGCCCUCCUGCCCCUCGCCGUCAACAGGCCCCCACCAUCGGCAAUCGCCGCAACCCUCACGUGGCAGCGGCGAAGAAGGCGGCGGCUGGCGGCGAGAAGCCCGUGAUUAUCAUCCGGCCCUCGGGCCCGAACCCGCCAGCUCCUCUCUCCAAAGAGGAGUUUAGUAAGCUCAGGGUCUCUGCUCUUCAGGCACUUCCCGACCACGUGACAAUCACCGGUAUAUUUCCGGUGGGGCGCUCGUCCCUCGGAAUGUCGGUCAAAGACCGUGGGCAUCUGCCCGCGGUUUUGGCCAACUUAGGUACAAAACUCCGUGGAUAUGAAGUGGCUCCCAAGCAGAGCAGGGCGCCUCGGGUGAUCCUCUUCUCUCCAGCCGUAUCCAAGGACGUCACAACCGUGGCCUUGGAACGGCAGUUGAAGGAGGAAAAUGAGGGCCUGAUCGGCCAAGGAGCGACGGGACCUGCCGUGCAAAACCUGCACUGGCGUGGCCCCAACCUGGUGAUGGCUGUCUCCUCAGACUUUUUCAGGUCUUUGGAAGCCAGCGGGCAAAAGGUGAAACUAAAUCGCCUUUUGACCCGCUGGCAGUUAGCGGCGGACUACACAGUCUGCUUCUACUGCAGCCGAUUGGGCCACAUCUCGGCCAGCUGCACCUCAAGGCAGCAAAACCUGCCCGAGUGUUGCACGAGAUGCAGCGGCCCUCAUGCCAGGUCCGCCUGCAGCUCGGCCCAAGAACGGUGCCGCAACUGCUGUGACUUCAAUGAGGCCCAAGCCCGGGCUGGCCGCCCUCAUCGCAGGGAGACCAACCAUCAGGCCACCAGUCCGGGCUGCCCCUCCGUCGAGGCACACUGCCGACGGAUGGCGGCAAGGACCAACUACGGCCCGGUCCCUGUGACUCAGCGCUCGCAGCAAUGCUAG